GAAACACUUCUCGGAACAGCUUUUACAUUCGUGGUGAACUUCUUUUAUUAAUUCGGAUUGGACACAAAUUUUGCCUUAAGAUGCCUACAUGUGCAGCUAUUAACUGCACAAAUCGCCAGUUCAAAGGCUGUGGACGAACAUUUCACCUAGAUUUGUGUUCAUCCCAAAGUGGAGACCUAGAGGCUUCAGAGUGGGUGAGGAGCCAUGACAUGGAAUGGUAAUGGAUGCAAGGUGUUGGUCUUGCCUCGGUGCACGUGGUGGAAGACAGACCGUGUCUCUACAGAGCCCUGACUGCUUAAAGGUUGGAGUUAUUUCCCACGAAUUCAUGCACGCGGGACAACUAAGUCACCAUCAUGUGGCCAAACAUUUGGAGAGAUGACAUGGACCAAAUCACCAUCGAAACAGGGAUGCAGGACAUAUCCUCGGGAACGUGCGUUCAAUUUGUUCCUCACUCCCAUGAGGCCAACUUCCUUGAUGUUGAGCCUAGAAACAGCUGCUGGUCAUUCCUGGGGCAGCCCGGAGGAAGCCAGACCAUCUCCUCGCAGGGCCCCGGGUGCAUGUGGUCAGGAGUGGCUGUGCAUGAGUUCAUGCACACGCUCGGCUUUGUGCACGAACGGUCUCGCUCAGAUAGAGAUCGCUAUGUUACGAUUGUAUGGGACAACAUCAUGCAAGAACAUAUCCACAACUUCAGGAAACACGCCACAAGCAACCUGAACAGCCCAUAUGAUUACGACUCUGUCAUGCACUAUGGGAGUUUAAUACAGGCAUUGCCUUCUCUGAAGCUACCCAAACCAGAUCCUUACAUCUCUAGUGGGCAACGAGAUGGACCCAGCGAUCUUGAUCUUCAUAAGAUAAAUGUGCUCCAUAACUGUGGUAGGUGAACCGAAACAGUGGAGCAAGUUUGAAAUGAUGGCAUUUGGGUCUAAUGAGUAUGUAGAUCCAGUUUGAUUGUGUUGACCUUCCCGGAUGGCCAAAGUGAAUGAAUAACAAACAAGUCAACAAUUCAGUCUCAUUUGCUCACAUGCUCCUCUUCGCCCUCAGCUGCUGUUUGCAUGUUUUGUUUCUUUCAAGCUAGGCGCGAUAAGCAAGCAUACCGAAUGCUGUACAAUGCUUUCUUUUAUGUGCAACUCAUAAUAUCCAUGUGACAGCUGUGGUCUUGUGUGUAGACUUACUGACUGUACAGAUGACAAAUGUGUGAUUGUGCACACAACCACUGGACGCCAUUGUCCAUUAUUUAAAUUUUAGCGAGGGGUCGUUGGUGAGCGAUCUGGUGCAUUGAGCCGGCUCGUUUUUUUGUUGUCUAGUUUUCUAUUAAAGCUGCAUUCUAUUAAAGCUGCACACAUUUUGACCAAUCAAUGUGUGGUGCCGUAUACUGUACCUCGGAACUGCAGAAGGGUGAGAGGCGGGUCACACACACAUCACAGCCGUGAGCACACAAACAGGAGGGAGGGAGAGAACGUUGCUACAGAAUUUGAGACUACAUGCUGGAAAGGUGAGAAUAAAGAGCAUCUGAGGCACUUUGUGUUUCUGAAUGCCAAUCUUCACUGAAGACUAGUAUAAACUUACCUGGAUGCUGCUUCGUCCUUUACUUUUGCACAUUUUAAUUGAUAUGUUUUUGUGUCAUUUUUAGUUGAUGUGUUGUUCUUUCA